AUGAGUAAGAUGUCAGGGGAGGAGGAGUUUUAUCUGUUCAAGAACAUCUCCUUGGUGGGGCCAUGGGAUGGGCCUCAGUACCACAUUGCCCCUAUCUGGGCCUUCCACCUCCAAGCAGUCUUCAUGGGCUUUGUCUUCUUUGCAGGGACACCACUCAAUGCCUCGGUGCUGGUGGCCACCCUGCGCUACAAGAAGUUGCGACAGCCACUCAACUAUAUUCUGGUCAAUGUGUCCCUGGGGGGCUUCCUCUACUGCAUCUCUGUCUUCAGUGUCUUCAUCGCCAGCUGUCAGGGAUACUUCAUCUUUGGCCGCCAUGUUUGUGCUUUGGAGGCCUUCCUGGGCUCUACGGCAGGUCUGGUGACAGGCUGGUCACUGGCCUUCCUGGCCUUUGAGCGCUACAUGGUCAUCUGUAAGCCCUUCGGCAAUUUCCGCUUCAGCUCCAAGCACGCACUGAUGGUGGUCCUGGCUACCUGGACCAUUGGUAUUGGCGUCUCCAUCCCACCCUUCUUUGGCUGGAGCCGGUUCAUCCCUGAGGGCCUGCAGUGUUCCUGUGGCCCCGACUGGUACACCGUGGGCACCAAAUACCGCAGCGAGUACUAUACCUGGUUCCUCUUCAUCUUCUGCUUCAUUGUGCCUCUCUCCCUCAUCUGCUUCUGCUACUCGCAGCUGCUGGGAGCCCUCAGAGCUGUUGCAGCCCAGCAACAGGAGUCUGCUUCAACCCAGAAGGCCGAGCGGGAGGUGAGCCGGAUGGUGGUAGUGAUGGUGGGCUCCUUCUGUCUCUGUUACACGCCCUAUGCUGCAAUGGCCAUGUAUAUGGUCAACAACCGGAACCACGGGCUGGACUUACGGCUUGUCACCAUUCCUGCCUUCUUCUCCAAGAGUGCUUGUGUCUACAACCCCAUCAUCUACUGCUUUAUGAAUAAGCAGUUCCGAGCCUGCAUCAUGGAGAUGGUGUGUGGGAAAUCCAUGACAGAUGAUUCUGUAAUAUCCAGCUCCCAGAAAACAGAAGUCUCUACUGUUUCUCCCAGUCAAGUUGGCCCCAACUAAGGAGCCAUAUUGGCUUAUUUGCAACAACUAGGAUUUUACAUUUAGGGAAAUUUCUUCUUUCUCUCUCAAAAACCAAACUACUAACAAAUGCAGAAAAAGAUGGGAAGGGUAUAAUGGCAAUUCGGGGAGUCCACUUUCCAUUUUCCUACCAUUCCUUUCUCACCCACAAAACUACUGUUCCAACCGGGUCUACUUUAGACCACUCCAAAGGCCAUGUCAACAAUCCUCAAUUUCUACUCCUAAGUGGCAUCAUUCAUAGCACUUGGAAAACUGAUUUAUG